AUGGAGGUGCGGCGGCGAACGACCACGGCAUCGGCGAAUGGAACCCAGACACAGCCAUACCACGAGCUCUUAGACGACAAAACGCGCCGCACAUCUGAGGCCAUUGGAUUCAAACAUUGGAUGUUUGUGAUCGCAUUGGUCGGCAUCAUUUAUGGAGGCGUUGUUUAUCUUCAUAGACGGAUGCCGCCAGUGGUUCCAAGCAACCAUCACACCGAAUUCAGUGAAGAACGAGCUCGUGUAUUACUCAGGGAACUCACCGCUUUAGGACCGCGGCCUAGUGGGUCUGAUGCAUUGGAGCACAAAGCGUUCGAUAUAAUGCAACGUCAUAUUGGCGUAAUUGAACGACAGGUUGCAUCUAAAGGUGUAAAUCGGAUCGAGAUGGACGUCCAGCGUCCGUCCGGCUGUUUCGAUCUCAAAUUUCUGUCGAGCUUCACUCUUUGUUAUGAAAAAAUCACAAACAUUGUGGUGCGCAUUGGUCCAACGAGUGGUCCGACGAAUCAAGCAUUAAUGCUCAACUGUCAUUAUGAUACUAUGCCGGAUACACCUGGUGCUACUGACGAUGCAGUAAGUGAACAAUCGAUUGAUAUAUUUCCGCACUAA